CACUGUACAUUCAUACUGCCGGAUUUCACAAAAUACAAAGUUUGCAGACGGCCCGCUGGGGAAAAAGACCUCCAAUUGUGGUUGUGUGUAUGGGUGGGUGACAUCACAAAAGGCACAAGAAUCAAGCCGAUCAGCUGGCAUUGGUAGAUUUUGGCACAUUCUGAAGCAUUUCAGCUACAUUUAAGUUUCAAGCGAUUCAAAAGUAAAAGUUUGACUCCAAUGACCUCCUGGCUACUGUGGAUGGAGAAAGUACAGCAAAUGAAGACGAUGCAACUUGUCAAAAUUACUUCUCUCUUUCUGACUCCUGUGGGUUAGGUUUUUUUUCCGCCCUCUUACUCAUUCCUGUUGGUGUUGACUGGAAUCAUGGCAAUGGUAGGCUGUCCUGUAGGUAGCGGAAGUGGUAGGAUUUGACUCAUUAGUUCAAAUGCCUUUGAGGAGAAUUUUGAAUAAAAAUGGGGGGAAAAAACAUCAAAAAAUACAAAUCAACAUAAUCAAAAGUAAUCUGAUUAGAUGCUUUUUUCAGAGAGAAUACUGGAUCAUUGAUGAAAUACAGAUUUAGCAUUUAACAUUAGUGUUGACAGGAAUAUUGAUAUUUAUAUUUUUGAAAUCUAAUUAUCAAUUGCAAUGCAGUCUUGCCCCUUCCACCCCCGAAAUAGGAAGAAAUCAACUUAUAUGCAGCUCUACUCAUGGUGGUUAGGAAUAAAACUCAGUCAGAAAAAAAUCUGUAAUAUUAUGAAAUAUGAAAGUAUUAGCUGAACUGAAAGUAAUGUAUUAAUUUGUACACUUCAUAGAGCUGUAACAGCACAAAACAUCCACGAACAAUAAAAAAAAAGCAGAUGUGAACAGCGGUAGUUUUGAGUUGCAAGGAACAUACAUGAUUGCUAAUUAAUUGUUGUAAUUAAUUCAAACUCAUUUGAAGGUUAAGGCAUUCAUCAUCAACUCAGACGUUUUACAUUUUAAUAUCUUCAGUAUAUUGUUUAUGAUAGUUGAGUGCUCUUUGAAUCCCCCUGCUGGCAAUAGAUCCUGAACAGCAGCUUAGUUUUUAUGCCCUUUUGGCCAGCUCUCGCCAUGGUCUUUUGACCAACUGGGGAUAAAAGUAUUUAAAUGUGACAGGCAGAGGGCGGCCAUAAGCAACAGCCGUAUAGCCCUGCUGUAUUGCCUAACAUUAGUUUGAAUGUUGUCUUUUCACGCUAUAUGUACCUUCUUGUUGAUAUCUACAUUGUAUGUCAUGUACAGUUUCGGUACGUCUUCAGGGAUUUUUCAACUGGAUUUACUGAGUGAAAAAAAAAAAAACAGACGGGCAGAAUGGGAGCAAAUGUUUGGCCUAGUUAUGCGGUGCACUGAGAGCUGUCUCUGGUCCUGAAUGCAUUUCAUGUUUCUAAGUCCCAUUUCAUUUCAGAAAUGGCACUGAAUCUUCACCUUGCACUAAAUUAAUGUUGUUCCCUGAACAGGAAAAAAAGAACCAAAAAAAAAAAAACACAGGUCCAUUUUGACUAUUUAGUUUGGUUUCCCAUAAUCCCCCAGUACGUUUUAUAGGACGACUUCUUUUAAGUUUCAUAGUGUUUUAUGUUAUGAGAGACGGCGAUGUAGAACAUCGACUGAACAGAAUCACUGAUGUCUUAAACAGGAUGUUUUUUGUUUUUUUUAAUGAGGACCUGCAUGUAUGUAUGCAUGUGUGCGUAUAUGACAGGAAACGGGAGAGUCUGAUUAAUAAAUGUGAAAAUAGCUGUGCAUGUUCCUUGUCCAGGUAUUCCCAGUCCCUAUGUCUAAGCACAGAUGUGACAUUUUUCUAUAAGUUAGGGAACUGUUAUCAAAAACAGUUUAACAAAACCUCACUUAAAUAAAAAUAAUAACCUUAAUAAGCUUAAAUAACGAAAUAAUUAAACCAUGAAUGGGACCCCAAAAUAUAAAUUCCACUUAGGGCCCCAUUGAAUCUUGGUCCGGCUCUGGACACUCGUAUUAAAGCACGAUAACUGACUCUAAAUGGACGACUUGUCGCCUAAACACAGUAAAGCGAUUCAUCCCAAACCCCCCACCGCUCCGUCCUCUCUCCUGAGUUGGUGUGUUGGUUGGUUGCAGCAGAGCCUCAGUCUGUAUCCCGACUCGCCUGACAGACACAACCAGUCCUCGUUUCCCUUUGCUCACCCAUCAAUCUGUCUCUCCGGUUCUCAAUUUGACGUCUUUGAACGAAAAAAAAAAAAAAAAAAAAAGGCGAGAUGUAGAGCCCGAACAUGGAGACGGCAGCGGAGCGGGGCUUUUUGCUUCCACCCUCGGAGGAGACCCACAAACUCAGCGGAGGAAAAAAAAAGGCGUCAGAGGGGCAAAACGGCGGUUUUCAGCUGCUUGAUCGUCGAGGUGACGCUCUUCUUCCUCUGCAUGAACACAUCAGCCAACACGGAUGUCCGACUUGAGAAGUUACAGAGAAACCGCGGAUAAAUCCUCCAAGUCGUCCUCAUCCCUCUCCAGUUUUCAACGAGCGCUCUCGCCGGCUGCAGGACUUCCCACAGGUAAACCAGCUGCUCCAUCGCCACAGUAAGAAACUCCUGGUCUGCUCUAAGAAGGAACCGUCUUCUUCUGAGGUCGAGACUUCUGAGAAAUGAGCUGCCAAUGUAAGUCCCUUGGCUGACCUCAGGACUUAGCUGGAAACACCUUGAACAUCUCUUCUCCUCACUUGGCUUGGAGGUCUUCUAGAGGGUCGGGGCCUCCUUGCCAUCAUGAAGGGGUUGGGAACCAACCGUAACAGACAUCUGUCUGAUUCUUGUGAUCCCUCUCUUAAUCAUCCAGAGGCACUCUACCACCAGAAGACCAGCACAUUGCCACGCAGCCCUUAUCUGCUCAGCCCCACAAUGGACCACUAUGGCACCAUGGAUCCCCACCUUUACCCUUCCGCCAAUCCAGGCUCCCUUCCAGCAGACUGCAUGCUGCCCCUCAACAAUCAGCUUUCCAAUAGCAGCACUUUCCCCAGUAUCCACUACAACUCCUACGACCAGUCCGAUUUUUCUCCUCCUGGGGACAGUAUCGGAGGGAUACGCACGGGCACCAUGGGGACAUCUCUGUCGAUGGGCAUGGCAUCAGGUAUGGCCAUGUCAGGGUUGAGUGGAAGAACGCCUAUGAUUACAAGUGGCUCUGCAACAAUAUCACACCAUAUGACCAAGAAUCAAACUCCGCCCAGUCUGUUGGAUUUUGAGAAGCAGCUACCAGGAGGUCGCGACGGAUUCAGCACUUUGCAGUUUCAUCGAACGUCCGCUGCUGUUGCUGCCAAGCAGCGUACAGACAGUCCCGGCCGCAUUCGUUACAUGCUACACUCGGUGCAGAAACUGUUUGCAAAGUCCCAGUCACUGGAGAGCCACAACAUGAAGGGGAACGUGAACGGAAGAUCUACUGGCAGUGGUGGAGGCACUUCUUCUGGCACCGAGGAUGGAGGGAAGCAUACUCGCAGAUCCAAAAGUAAGGAUCGUAUUACAAAGUCCGAGGCAACCGCUAAGAGACGGCCAAGAUCCAACAUGUCGGGUUACUGGAGCUCAGAUGAUUUGGACAGUAGUGAUUUGAGCAGCUACCAUAAUACUAUGACCAUGAUGACCCUGGGGCGUCCGAGUGGCCAUGAAAGCCAUAGUGGUCAGAGUAAAUACAUACACAGUGGCUACAACACAAUCAGUUCCUCUAAAAGCAGCAAUGACAUGAAGUAUCCAGCACUUCCUGGUCCAGGGGAUAUAGGAGGUGGUGGAAUAAGUGGACCAGUAGGCAUGCUGAUGAAUGAUACCGAGUAUGUGAAAGGAGGGUCUUGGUCCACAUUGACCAUGGGCCAACCGAGACAGGUACUUCAGAAGGGCUCAACUACUCUGGACAGGUCGAUGCUCAAGUCCAAGUCCUGCCAACAGGAGUUAACUUGUAACUAUCUGCAGGUUGGACGCAGGGGGGAUUGGAGCAGCUCAUUAGGUCGCAGUCCAGGUUUCAAUGAGAUUCCAUGUCGGCGGAUGCGCAGCGGUAGCUAUGUGAAGGCAAUGGGAGACAUGGAAGACAGUGACGACUCCGAGGCAAGCCCUAAACCCUCGCCCAAAAGUGCUGCUCGCCGUCAGAGCUACCUCAGGGCCACCCAGCAGUCUCUAAGUGACCAGCUCCCCCCACGCAACAGAACCUUGGAUUUCACAUUGUUGCAGGGGGAGCUGGAUGCCCUGUGGUCUCCACUCCACAGUGUGUCCUCUCUGCACCAACUGGGCAGGUCAAUGAGCAGCUGUCUUCCAUCUCUCAGAGAACUCUCAAAUAAUCGCAGCCUGGAUAAUCUGGACUGUAUCGGAGGACCAGGAGCUUUGGCACCGUGGGACGAAGACAGCUUCAGCCAGGCCUGCAGCACUUUGGGCAGACGUAGUGGCAUAGGACAGCUGCGAGACCUGGAAAAAAGUCAUCAUUACGAAGACAGAACCUCAGAGUCCGCAUUCAGAGAUUCCCAUUGUCAGGACAUCUCGGAGCCUCCGGACAUGCCCAUGCCGACAUGCUUCCGAUCCCGCAGCCACAGCUACCUGAGAGCUAUUCAGGCUGGCUGUUCCCAAGACGACGACACCGCUUCCAUAGACUCGGGCUGCUCUCCACCUCCAACCGACUCCUCUGUUCGCACAUACAGCACCAGCACUGACGACCUUUCUACACAAUGGAAGACAUGGAAAGAACAGUUUGCCUCUUACCUGAUAGCCACUGGCUUGGACAAAGCCCCAAAGGAGAAACAACUUGCAAUUUUUCUUCAGCGUUUCGGGACAGACAGACCACGCAUCCUACCCACACACACAGUCUCCACAUGCAUAACAAGCUGUAAGAAGGCCGCUCCUCCACCGGUGCCUCCACGCACAACCUCCAAGCCCUACAUAUCAGUGACGGUGCAGAGCAGCACCGAGUCAGCGCAGGACAACUACUUGGACCAACAGGACAGGAGGUCAGAGGUCAACAGCCAGUCGAGCCACGCUCACAGCAACUCCUCUGACAGCCUUGACAGCACCCGGGCCAACAGCCUGGCCCGUGGUAUUCCUCGUCCUCCGCAUAUCAUCCCUAUUCCCAUCGCUACGCCGAGGGAGCCAAUCAUCCCUAGCACCGCCAAUGCUUCCACAGAGACGAGUGACUCGGCAGUCCACAAUGAAUCCCUGAAAUCAGGAUCUAGUAAAGGGAAUUUAGCAGCAGAGGAGCUGUUUUUAGCCCCAGUACCAAGGCGGAAACUCUCUUCUAUUGGGAUACAGGUUGACUGCAUUCAGGAAGUUCCAAGAGAGGAGACUCCGCCCCUGGCCAGAUUUCAGUCAAUAGGAGUACAGGUGGAGGACGGGUGGCAACUCAGUCGCUCCAGCAGUAUGGCCGCAAAACAAGAAACGGACUCAGACACACAGGACAUCUCUGCCAUUUCUCAUAUCAGCAUUGCCAAAACCUUUGAGAAGAAAGUCAUGGUCAACAGUGCCAGUCAGUCAAUGAGCUCCCCCCCUGGGCAAGACUCUUUAGACAAUGGAGACCAGACUGGCGACACCUCCUCCCCACCGCCUCCCAGGCAGAUCCUCAAUCGCUCCACCACGCGGAGCAGCUCCUCGUCUUUCUCCGAAAGCCUGGAUCCAGCGCUGGAUCCCUCGUCUCUGCCGCCCCCGGAUCCCUGGCUGGACAGCGGAAACGGCAGCAGUGGCGGCGGCGUCUCACAGAGUGGAGGAGACGGAACGCUGUGCAGAAGAGACGGCCAUUGGUUCCUGAAGCUGCUGCAGGCCGAAACGGCACGCAUGGAAGGCUGGUGCCAACAGAUGGAGCAGGAAACCAAAGACAACCAGCUCUCAGAGGAGGUGCUCGGGAAAGUCCGCAGUGCGGUGGGAAGUGCUCAGCUCCUAAUGUCUCAGAAGUUCCAGCAGUUCCGGGGACUGUGUGAACAAAACCUGAAUGUGACUGCCAACCCACGGCCAACAGCCCAGGACCUGGCUGGCUUCUGGGACCUGCUGCAGCUAUCUAUCGAGGACAUUAGCCUCAAGUUUGAUGAGCUCUACCAUCUCAAGUCCAAUGACUGGCAGCCUGUGCCGUCUGGGGCCGCCCAGUCGUCCCCUGAGCGGAAGAACGAGGACAGGGAGGCCCUUCCGGCAUCAAAGAAGCCUAGCAAGACGCGACCGACGCUUGCCCGCGAGAAGAGUGCUGACUCUUCUUCAACCUCUUCAUCGGCCUCGGCAGAAAAACAGAGACAAGAGGCUCGCAAGCGCCUGCUAGCUGCCAAGAAGGCUGCCUCGUUUCGCCAGAACUCUGCCACGGAGAGCGCAGACAGCAUUGAAAUUUACGUCCCCGAGGCCCAAACUCGCCUCUGAGAGAAAAGGGACUAGCAAGGAUCCGAGGACAGAUAAGUUUGUUGGAGGAGAAGAAAAAUUGGGGAAAAAGCAGGGAGGAUUUUGUUUGAGUGCAGAUGAGUUAUGAUGAGUAAGGAAGGGUGUGUAGAGGAGCAAUGCCAAUGAAUGGGUGUUUUGAUAUUUUUAACAUAAUCAUAGGCUGGUCCUGCUUGAAACUGAUCAUGAAACAUUUGUGGACCCAACAGACUACAAACUUAUGAAACAGAAGAUUAGUCUUCAGAGGCUGCCAGGGAAGACCUCAGCUGAUGAACUUUAUCAUUUCUUCUUACUUUUUCUCGAUCUCAUAAAAAUGUUAAUGAAGGUAUUAUUAUAACAAUUAUAGGUUAAAAACUCUUUAUGAAGACUGUUUUAAAAGUUCCUAUAUCUUGGCUAUAAGAUUUAUAAAGCAGACAGAACAUAAGCAUCAAUGCUUCUGUCUCCCACUCUUGCUCUCUUCCCAGAUCACUGGCCAUCUUGUAGCUUUGCACAGCACCUCCUUGUGGCCAUCUUGCAAGUUGCACACAAAUCCACUGAUAUAUAAACAUAUAUAAAUGUCUUCCUUGUAUUUAUUUUUUCUUCAAUUAUAGAUUUGGACUGGGCAAGAAUCCAUUUAGAUCAAGCUUUUCUGACUAUUUUUGGUAUGAUGAAACAAAGUCCGAUGUGAAAGAUUAUUUAUGUAGUUCCUACAAACACACAAAAUCUUGAGGUUUUUUUUUGUGUCAAAGACCUUAGCGUUUAGUUUCUUAAUGGGGUUUUUUAAUGAAAGCACAUAUUAAACAAAGCCAGGCUGGAGGCUCCUUAAAAAUGGCUGUCCACGACGUGUUUUUUUUUUUUUACUAUUAUUAUUAUUAUUAUUAUUAUUAUUAUUUGUAGAUGAAAAAUCCUAAUAUCCUUUUAGUUCUUUUUUUAUUUUCCUUUCCUCUAUUUCUUUUUUCCAUUUCUGUGCUAUGACUCCAGAAAUAUGUAGGAUAUAUUCUGUUACAUAUAUACAUUUAAGUGCUUUAAGGAAAAUAAUUGUGCAUCAAAGUCAUACAUUUCAAAAUAAUCUGGGGCUCUGAAGUUGUGCAGCUGGGUGAGCAUGCUGGUUAACAGCAGGCGUUUCUUUUCCACUUCCCACCUACUAAUCAAUCCAACUUCACUUUAUCCAGCUUUUCUCCACUCUAAACAAAGAUUACAUUUUUUUUAAUCUCUUUAACUUUUCUAAUUUAAUCAUUACAUAUAUAAGUGAUUGUGUCUUUGCGGAAUACAAAAGCCAAAGAUAAGUGCACUGUUUGAAAUUCAGCUCAUGUAAUAAAAUGUGAGUAGCAGGGAAACUCGAUGCUUAACUGUGAAAACAGAUGGGAGUGGAUUUUACCCACAGCAACACAUGUACUGCAGAUUUAACAUUUGGAUAUCCACAAGGCAGGAAGCUCGAACAGAACCGCCCAACAAUGACAACCACAACACACUACCCUAUCUGACUGAGUUAAUUUUGUGAAAAAGGAUUGUUUCCAACCUCAGGAGGGCAACAGUGCUUGCAUGUCAAACCAGUAGUCAGUUAUCACAUUCAGUGAAAGGACAAAGAAUCCUAAUCCCUAUCUAGUUUUGCAUUAAGAGACCCACUGUGCUUUGCAAAAGUAUUCAUACCGCUUGAGCCUUUUUACAUUUUGUCAUGUUAUAACCACAAACCUAUCGGAAUUGUACGUAAUUAGGCAAAAAACAUUGCAGAACUGUAAAGUGGAAGAAAAAUAAUACAUGGUGUUCAAAAAAAGCAAAGAUCUUGAAACUGUGGAGUGCAUUUUUGUUUAUAGUAUUUCUACUCAAUUUUCUGUAAAAACCAUUCUUUCUUAUAUCCUUGCCAACUUUAAAUGUGUAAAUAUCAAACUUGUGCCCAUUCGUCUAUGCAUUUAGUUUCAGCCAUGCUACCGUUGACACAAACCAGCAUCCCCACAACAUAAUGGUACCGCCACCAUGCUUCACAGUGGUUGUUGUAUUAAUUGUCUGCCACACCUAUAUUGUAUGCUGGGCAAAAGUUCAGUUUUAAUCUUUUCCACCAAAAAACACUCAUUCACAUGUUUGUUUUGUCCCCUUCUUUCGGCAAACUUUAGAGACUUCUCAUGGUUUUCCAACAGCAAUGGCUUUCCACUCCCCACUCCUCCAUAAAAGCCAAAUUUGUGGAAUGCACGACUAAUAGUUGUCCUGUCUACAGAUGCUUUCUGAGCUAUGGGUCUCUGAUCUUCUCCAGAUUUACCAUAAAUGUGUUUGGCUGCUUCUGCUUAAUGUUCUCCUUAUCUAACCAGUCAUCUUUUGAAAGGUUUGUAGUUUAACUGUACUCAUUCACUUUUAUAGAGUUAAACAGUGGUUCACUACUUGUUUUAUAGCCCAAGUCUGCUUUCAGCAUCCAGACAGAUAUCUCUCAAACCUGGAUUUAUUUACUAAUUGCAUAACCACCUCAGUUUGUGUAUAAUUUGACAAAAUGGGGGGGGAAAAGUCACUGGUAUGUGAAUAUUUUUGUGAAGCUCUACAUCUAAAAACACACAUUUUGUCUAAAUUCACUUUGUAGCUUGAAGAUAUUUGAAACAAAACAUCUCCAUUUGUCAGUGUAACUCCUAAGUGGGCACUUUGAGUUUUUUUUACACCCGAUACCAUCCAUUCAGUCACUGAUGACUCAUCUUCAUCAGUGAAGAUGAAGUUGAAGCCCACACCCUUGGUAGACAAUGGGCUUGUCUAGCAAGUGGUCAUCAAAAUCGGAACGAUUUUCUAGACCCAAAUAGUUGGGCUAAAUGCUCUUCUUUUCAUGUGUAUAUUGUCAAAGCCUCUCUGCCAUAAGCCAUAACCCAAAGUUAAGCCUCUGGCUUUGAAUUAGAAAAGCCCAAUGAUCACCAUUCUUCUCACGUUGAUGGUAAGAACUUUCCCUUGAUGGCUGGCUAUUAUUUGUCUGUUGUGUUUGCCUGCUGUGGGUGACUCUCAGCAAGGAAUAUGGCUCAGAGGUGUCAAUAGCCAGUCCCAUGACUGCUCUCAGUCCACCCCCAUCCAUUCCACUGGAUGGGGGUGAUACCAUCCAUUUGAUUGAAUGAGGGUAGACUGAUAGACUGAUGGAAAGCUUUCAGGUGCUUUCGUUAGCACCUGAAAGCCUUUUGUGUGACUCAAUGGUUCCCAUUAGCCUGAUUUAAUUUUGUACUGCCACAAAAACAUUUCCCAAAAGGUUUUGUCAAAACAAGCUUAUCUGGCUGUGUCUUUUAUAUUCUAGAGAUCUUAUGCAGUCACUGCCAUCUAAGCAUAUUCUGUUUUUAUUCCGCUUUACAAUUCUCACAUAUCCUUUUCUGUUCUUGCGCAUCAUGUUUUACCGCCAUAUCUUGUUGUCGCACCAACUUCUUACGAAACUGUCUGCCUUGAAUGCUGGUGAAACACACUGUGGCAUUUUAAAUACACCCAGCGACAGACGGCAAGUAGAGCAAGCCAGUACGUCUGGUUUUUUUUUCUGUCAUUUGGGUACGUGUGAAAUGCCAUGACACAUACAGACACACUUGCAGAAACAAAGCAAAACCUUAUCUCGAGCUCAUAAACACUGCUUUUCUCCAAUAAACACACAAACCUGGUACAGAGACGGAGCUAGGCUUAUUUCCUGAGUAGAGUUAUCCAUUGACCACAAAGUUGCACUGUGGGGGGGCUGGGAUGCUGCUGUAAAGCAAGUGAUUUGCGGGUGAUACUCAUGCAUAUGAGGUUGAUGCUUUCACUUCUUUUCCCUUUUUUUUUUCUUCUUCUCCUUUGUAACUCUCGUAGUUGUUCCCUCACACCAAGUUUACACGCUGGUUGAUUGUUCUAUGAUUUUUGGGUGGAGGAGAAAAUAAAUUUCACACAAGAGUUUGGAGUAAAAGUUUCUAAAAUAUUAUUCCUUGUUUACGCUGAGUUUCUCACCUCAAGUUUCUUGACCUCAUAUUUUAUUUCACAAACUUACCCCCCCGCCCCAGUUUCUGUUUUCUUUAUUACAUAUGGAUAAGCCAAGAGCAAUCUCCUCUUUUCAAAUUAGUAUCAAUCAUUUCUCUUUUUCUCUUCCCAUCCAGACUUCUUCUGUUUUGCCUUGGUUUGAAUUAUCUCCAGAGGCUUCUUUAUAAACUGAAAUUGUUGUUGCUUUAAAUGAUUAAGUUUUUUAUUUUAAUUUUUUUUUUUUUACUUUAUAUAAUGGUGAGAUCUGCAAUCGUAACCUAAAGAUGUUUGUGAAGAAUGACUGUCAUUGACAAUUAUAAGUUUUUGCCUAUAUGCAUAAGAAGCCGCCUGUUGGUGUUUUUUUUCACAAAUUUUUACAUUUUUAAUUCCAUUCUUUAAAAGUGUUUGUAAUAACAGGAAAAUGGAUUCACAUGUAUUACAUAUUGAUUAAUACCUUUUUUUUUUUGGUUGUCUUUACAAAUUCUGGCAAACAAGAGACAAAAUGCAUCAAACCCUAGAAAAUGAUUCGAAGUCUCUGAAAGUCUGCAGGGGCCAAAAACGCAACUGAAACCAAACAAGCUCUUUUUCCGUCUUUGCUUGGUUCGUCUUGGCCAUGAAAAACGGGAGAGGGCCGGGUAAGGGACGAAGGCCAUGCUCAUUCCAGCAGAGAUGUGAUGUAGCAAAACGUGUCGACAAAUAAAUAUUUUAUUGAAGUAAGCACAUAUUUUAAUGACUAGAAUUUGUUUAGGGUACUAUAUAAGAUGUGUGUUAUCCAGCGGAGCUGAAUGAAAAGGGUUGUGCUGUGAGUGAGUAUGUGGGCCUGUUGUUUGGAGAGUAUUACCUUUAUUACUAUCCACUAUACUCUGGUUACAACAAAGUGUGCAAUACAGAGUAAAGGGGUUCUUUACUAUUAAAAGGACACUGUCUUGCAUUUCUCCCCUUGUGCUUCUUACAGUUAUUGUCUGUACAUAAGACUUAAACCAGAUUAAAUAUUUCAUCUUUUACAAUAUUGUAAACCUGUUUAUACAGUUUCAAGGUUGUCGACAUGUAUACUGCAGAUGCGCAAUGUUCAAUAAAGUGCACAAAAUACUUUCUCAAGCA